CUUUUUCACUGAAUGCUUGUGAAGAUGAUGACUGGCAAGAAAAUCACCCUUGAGGUUGAGCUAAGUGACACAGUUGAGAACGUCAAGGCCAAAAUCCAGAACAAUGAUCGCAUUCCCUCAGAUCAGCAGGGGUUGAUCUCCUUUGGCAAGCAGCUGGAAGAUGGUCGCACCCUGUCCAACUACAACAUCCAGAAGGAGUCCACGCUCCACCUGGUGCUGCGUCUCAGGUGCAGCAUGCUGAUCUUUGUGAAAACCUUGACUGGUAAGAGCAUCACCCUUGAGGUUAAGCCAAGUGACACAGUUGAGAACGUCAAGGCCAAAAUCCAGGACAAAGAAGGCAUUCCUCCAGAUCCUCAGAGGUUGAUCUUCGCUGGCAAGCAGCUGAAAGAUAGUUGCACCCUGUCCAACUACAACAUCCAGAAGGAGUCCACGCUCCACCUGGUGCUGCGUCUCAUGGGCGGCAAGCAGAUCUUUGUAAAAACCUUGACUGGUAAGACCAUCACCCUUGAGGUUGAGCCAAGUGACUCCAUUGAGAAUGUCAAGGCCAAAAUCCACGACAAGGAAGGCAUUCCCUCAGAUCAGCAGAGGUUGAUCUUCGCUGGCAAGCAGCUGGAAGAUGACCGCACCCUAAACGAAUACAACAUCCAGAAGGAGUCCACCCUCCAUCUGAUCCUGCGUCUCAGGGGUGGUAUGCAGAUCUUUGUCAAGACCUUGACUGGUAAGACCAUCACCCUUGAGGUUGAGCCAAGUGACACAAUUGAGAAUGUCAAGGCCAAAAUCCAGGACAAGGAAGGCAUUCUCUCAGAUCAGCAGAGGUUGAUCUUCGCUGGCAAGCAGCUGGAAGAUGACCGCACCCUGUCCGACUACAACAUCCAGAAGGAGUCCACCCUCCAUCUGGUCCUGCGUCUCAGGGGUGGUAUGCAGAUCUUUGUCAAGACCUUGACUGGCAAGACUAUCACCCUUGAGGUUGAGCCAAGUGACACAAUUGAGAAUGUCAAGGUCAAAAUCCAGGACAAGGAAGGCAUUCCCCCAGAUCAGCAGAGGUUGAUCUUUGCUGGCAAGCAGCUGGAAGAUGGCCGCACCCUGUCCGACUACAACAUCCAGAAGGAGUCCAGCCUCCACUUAGUGCUGCGUCUCAGGGGUGGUAUGCAGAUCUUUGUGAAGACCUUGACCGGCAAGACCAUCACCCUUGAGGUUGAGCUAAGUGACACCAUUGAGAAUGUCAAGGCCAAAAUCCAGGACAAGGAAGGCAUUCUCUCAGAUCAGCAGAGGUUGAUCUUCGCUGGCAAGCAGCUGGAAGAUGACCGCACCCUGUCCGACUACAACAUCCAGAAGGAGUCCACCCUCCAUCUGGUCCUGCGUCUCAGGGGUGGUAUGCAGAUCUUUGUCAAGACCUUGACUGGCAAGACUAUCACCCUUGAGGUUGAGCCAAGUGACACAAUUGAGAAUGUCAAGGUCAAAAUCCAGGACAAGGAAGGCAUUCCCCCAGAUCAGCAGAGGUUGAUCUUUGCUGGCAAGCAGCUGGAAGAUGGCCGCACCCUGUCCGACUACAACAUCCAGAAGGAGUCCAGCCUCCACUUAGUGCUGCGUCUCAGGGGUGGUAUGCAGAUCUUUGUGAAGAAGAUGACUGGCAAGACCAUCACUCUUAAGGUUGAGACAAGUGACACCGUUGAGAACGUUAAGGCCAAAAUCCAGGAAAAGGAAGGCAUUCCAUCAGAUCAGCAGAAGUUGAUCUUCACUGGAAAGCGGCUGGAAGAUGGUCACACCUUGUCUGACUACAACAUCCAGAAGGAGUCCACCCUCUACCUGGUGCUGCGGCUAAUUAAAAAAAUGCAGAUUUUUGUGAAGACCCUGACUGGCAAGACAAUCACCCUUGAGGUUGAGCCAAGUGACACCAUUGAGAAUGUCAAGGCCAAAAUCCAGGACAAAGAAGGCAUUCCCCCAGAUCAGCAGAGGUUGAUCUUCGCUGGCAAGCAGCUGGAAGAUGGUCGCACCCUGUCCGACUACAACAUCCAGAAAGAGUCCACCCUCCACCUGGUGCUGCGUCUCAGGGGCGGCAUGCAGAUCUUUGUGAAGACCCUGACUGGCAAGACCAUCACCCUUGAGGUUGAGCCAAGUGACACCAUUGAGAAUGUCAAGGCCAAAAUCCAGGACAAGGAAGGCAUUCCCCCAGAUCAGCAGAGGUUGAUCUUUGCCGGCAAGCAGCUGGAAGAUGGUCGCACCCUGUCCGACUACAACAUCCAGAAGGAGUCCACCCUCCACCUGGUGCUGCGUCUCAGGGGCGGCAUGCAGAUCUUUGUGAAGACCCUGACUGGCAAGACCAUCACUCUUGAAGUUGAACCAAGUGACACCAUUGAGAAUGUCAAGGCCAAAAUCCAAGACAAAGAAGGCAUUCCCCCAGAUCAGCAGAGGUUGAUCUUCGCUGGCAAGCAGCUGGAAGAUGGUCGCACCCUGUCCGACUACAACAUCCAGAAGGAGUCCACCCUCCACCUGGUGCUGCGUCUCAGGGGCGGCAUGCAGAUCUUUGUGAAGACCCUGACUGGCAAGACCAUCACUCUUGAAGUUGAACCAAGUGACACCAUUGAGAAUGUCAAGGCCAAAAUCCAAGACAAAGAAGGCAUUCCCCCAGAUCAGCAGAGGUUGAUCUUCGCUGGCAAGCAGCUGGAAGAUGGUCGCACCCUGUCCGACUACAACAUCCAGAAGGAGUCCACCCUCCACCUGGUGCUGCGUCUCAGGGGCGGCAUGCAGAUCUUUGUGAAGACCCUGACUGGCAAGACCAUCACUCUUGAAGUUGAACCAAGUGACACCAUUGAGAAUGUCAAGGCCAAAAUCCAAGACAAAGAAGGCAUUCCCCCAGAUCAGCAGAGGUUGAUCUUCGCUGGCAAGCAGCUGGAAGAUGGUCGCACCCUGUCCGACUACAACAUCCAGAAGGAGUCCACCCUCCACCUGGUGCUGCGUCUCAGGGGCAUGCAGAUCUUUGUGAAGACCCUGACUGGCAAGACCAUCACUCUUGAAGUUGAACCAAGUGACACCAUUGAGAAUGUCAAGGCCAAAAUCCAAGACAAAGAAGGCAUUCCCCCAGAUCAGCAGAGGUUGAUCUUCGCUGGCAAGCAGCUGGAAGAUGGUCGCACCCUGUCCGACUACAACAUCCAGAAGGAGUCCACCCUCCACCUGGUGCUGCGUCUCAGGGGUGGACAGUAAAUUUCUUGUUAGUUUAAAAAUAAAAUCCCCCUUCCACCCCACUUCUGAUUGUUGAAGCCACAAAAUGAGGCACAAUAAAAAUAAAACUUCAAUGCA